AGAUCCGAGACGAGGCUCGUCUCUUGUCGUCCUCGGAUCCCCAUUAAUGGCGGAAUCGAGAGCCGAUCUCCCUCGCCGGAGCUGCGAUGGGUCGUAGAUCCGGUCCCAAGUUGUAUGAGGAACUGAGAUUGAAGCUUUCAGGUUUGUUUUUGAACUGAUUUUCUAGGGUUUCUUGCUUGAUUUGUUCUCUGAGAAGCGAGAAGGGGAUUUGGGGCUUUUCGAUCUAGGGAUUCAUCGUUUUUGUGCUAAAUUUCAGCUUGAUUUGAGGGUUUGGUUUAGUGUUUUUGGGUGUUAGUAACCCUAGAUGAGGAUUCGAUGGGGGAAUUGCCCCUUUUGAGAGAAUAUCUAGGGUUUUGGAGCAAGUGAGCUUGAGGAAGUGAAGGGAUUGGAGGAGAGAGAGAGAGAGAGAGACGAGGGUUGAGGGAAUUGGGGAUGGAGGACCUCUCUAAGUAUUCUCACAGCUCUGCUCACCUUGCGGUGGCGCGGAGAGACCAUGUUGCCCUCCGCCGCAUCGUCUCGGCACUCCCCCGGCUGCCGAAGGCCGGUGAUGUCACCACCGAGGAGGAGUCGAUCGCCGCUGAACGCACGGCGGAUGAGGUCUCCAAGGUCAUUGACCGCCGUGAUGUACCUGGCCGUGAAACCCCGUUGCACCUCUCAGUCCGCCUCCGCGAUCCCAUCUCUGCUGAGAUCCUCAUGUCGGCUGGCGCUGAUUGGUCUCUUCAGAAUGAGCAUGGAUGGUCUGCGCUGCAGGAAGCUGUGUGCACCCGUGAGGAUACGAUUGCGAUGAUCAUCGCUAGACAUUACCAGCCUCUUGCUUGGGCCAAGUGGUGUCGGCGCCUCCCAAGGAUUCUCUCGUCCAUUUCCCGGAUUAGAGAUUUCUAUAUGGAGAUUACUUUUCAUUUUGAGAGCUCUGUGAUCCCAUUUAUUGGUCGGAUUGCUCCUUCUGAUACCUACCGGAUUUGGAAGCGUGGUUCAAAUCUUCGAGCUGACAUGACACUUGCGGGGUUUGAUGGGUUUCGGAUUCAGAGGUCUGAUCAGACAUUCCUCUUCCUUGGUGAAGGAGUUGAAGGAAAUCCUUCUUUGGCUCCUGGUUCUUUGAUUGUUCUUGCACAUAAGGAGAAGGAGAUAACCAAUGCUCUUGAAGGAGCUGGGUCGAAGCCCACUGAGGCUGAGGUUGCUCAUGAGGUUGCGUUGAUGUCUCAAACUAAUAUGUACCGGCCUGGGAUUGAUGUCACCCAGGCUGAGCUUGUCUCCCAUUUGAACUGGCGGCGGCAGGAGAGGACUGAAAUGGUUGGGAGUUGGAAGGCUAAGGUUUAUGAUAUGCUUCAUGUGAUGGUAAGCGUCAAGUCAAGGAGGGUUCCUGGUGCGAUGACAGAUGAGGAGUUGUUUGCAGCUGAGCAUGAUGAGCACGUAGCUAAUGGUGGGGAACAUGAAGAGGAAUUGGAUGAUGUGUUGACGGCUGAGGAGAGGAUGCAACUUGAUUCUGCACUCAGGAUGGGUAACUCUGAGGGUUUUGAUGAGGACGAAGGCAAUGGGACUAUUGAGUAUGUUGAUAAUCCAGAACCAAAUGGUGUUACCAAGGAGAAGAAGGGCUGGUUUGGUUGGAGUAAUAAAAGGACUUCUAAGAGUAGUGGAGUUGAGGAUUCAGAAGACCCAAGGAUUUUAAAAAAGUUUUCAAAGUUGGCCCCGGAAAAUGGAAAUCAGAAAUCAGAACAUUUCAAGGAGGAAAUGGAUGUUCGGAAGGGGAAAGAAAAGAGCAGUGUGAAGAAGAAGAAGAGUGUAGUUGCCGGUGACUCUAAUAAACAUGAAAGUGAGUACAAAAAGGGUUUGCGACCAGUUUUAUGGUUGACUCCGGAUUUCCCUUUGCAAACGGAUGAACUGCUUCCUUUACUUGACAUUUUAGCUAACAAGGUCAAGGCUGUGAGGAGGCUCAGAGAGCUUUUGACUACUAAGAUGCCUCAAGGCACAUUUCCAGUCAAGGUAGCCAUACCCAUAGUUCCUACAAUUCGUGUACUUGUCACCUUCACAAAAUUUGAAGAGUUGCAGCCACAAGAUGAGUUUGCAACUCCUCUUUCCAGUCCUACCCAUUUUCAGGACAGCAAAUCCAAAGAAUCAGAGACAUCAAGUUCAUGGUACUCAUGGGUGAGAGGUAGUCGUGGUGGGCAGUCUAGCGAUAGCACUGAUGGACGCAACUGGAAAGACGAGAUUGAUCCUUUCCAUAUACCUUCAGACUACACUUGGGUCAAUGCUGAUGAAAAGAAGCGCCGGAUUAAAGCCAAGAAGGUCAAGAGCAGGAAGGGUGCAAGCAAGAAGCAAACACCAAAAAACUCCGACGACCAACAACUAAUUGAUGGAUUCGAGUAACUGGUAACUCAUAUUUAUCACAAGACACGUCCUCUAACAGGAAAUAUGUAUUCUAGUCCUCACGUUUAUUUGGAAUUUGUGUGAGAGGUUCUUUAUUUCGACCAUCCUGUGUAUUUGGAAUUAGUGUUAUUUAAUGUGUGGCCAAGGUGCUUAUUUAGUAACUGUUUUGUUGUUUUUUUUUUCCUUUUAUCUGCUCAAAGUGGGUGUUUUGCCCAGCUGUUGUAGAAUGUAAAAUUUUCUUGUCAUCAAAUGGAAUGAGAUGCUCUUCCAAGAUUUAUUUA